UUCAUGUUUUCAUUCAGAAUUUCCUUUAUAGAAUCAUGGAUAUUUUAAUGAAAACUGUGCUUUUAGGGAUAAUUUUCAUGUUUAUGUGGAAAGUGCUGGCAAAAUUAUUCAGGUUCAGAGAAUUAUGCCGCAAAUUAAGGAAGAUUCCACAGAAGUCGUCUCAUUGGUUGAAAGGAAACGCAAAUGAGGUAAAGGACUCGAUCACGUACUGUAACUACGUCAUGGACAUCGUGAAUGGGGGUGGCAGGAUGUACUGUAUGUGGAAUGGUCCACUACCUAUUCUAGGUGUUUGUCAUCCGGAAACGUUUCAACAACUUAAUAAACAAUCGCACAAUAAAGCACGUGGUUUUACUGAUGGCUAUAGGGUGCUAGAACCGUGGCUAGGAGAAGGCUUAUUGAUAAGUGAGGGAAAGAAAUGGGAAAGGAACAGACGUUUACUUACACCUGCAUUUCAUUUUAAUAUUCUAAAUGGAUAUGUUGACGUCAUGAACGACGUCACGGAACAAUUUUUAGACAAACUUGGCGAGGCUACACAGGGCGGUGAAUCAGUGGAUGUUUUUCCAUACGUGUGUAGAUCAACUCUUGAUAACAUGCUUAGAUGUUCACUGUCAUACGAAGGCAGUAUGCUGGAGUCUAAAGAGCAUUCGUAUAUUAAAGCCGUGCAACGCUUGACAACAAUCAUGUGGGAGAGAAUGCUGCAGCCAAUUCUUUUGAUUGAUUUUAUCUUCAAAUUAUCUCCCUUGGGUUCAGAGAGCAAGCGCGAGACGGAUGUAGCCCAUAAAUUUACUGGUGGUCUCAUACAGUCAAGGAGAAACACUUUAAAAGGACAAACAGACCUAACGGAACAAAAGAGACGUCUCGAUUUUUUGGACAUAUUACUAACCGCAAAGGAUGAAAACGGAAACGGCUUAUCAAAGCAGGAAAUACAAGACGAAGUGGACACAUUCACGUUUGAGGGCCACGAUACAACAGCUUCGGCCAUUAGCUGGUCGAUAUAUGCAUUGGGACAACAUCCGGAUCUUCAAGAGAAGGUGUACAAAGAUGUGCAAAAUAUAACGAGAGAUAGUGAAGGCAUCUCACAAAGUUGUCUCUCCCAAUUCGAAUAUUUGCCAUUGUUCAUAAAGGAGGUUAUGCGACUUUACAGCCCGGUACCGAUGAUCGCCAGGAGGACCACUGAUCCCAUUACGAUUGAUGGCAUAGAAAUCCCUGCUGGGCCGAGAAUUGAUGUUAAUAUUUACGCAAUUCACCAUAACCCAGAAAUCUGGAAGAACCCCGAGACUUUUGACCCAUCACGUUUUGACCAACACCAUAGAGAUGAAACGAACAUUUACGGAUUCAUACCCUUCUCCGCCGGAUCAAGGAAUUGUAUCGGACAAGUAUUUGCCAUGAACGAGAUAAAGAUAACAGUGGCCAAGUUAGUAAAGAGAUUUGAAGUGUUACCUGUGAAAGACCACACUCCUGAACUUCAACCGGACGUCAUAAUGCGUUCACUGAAUGGAUUACCUGUUGUUUUGAGACCACGAGAACAUUAGGUUGCCUUGACAACAACGUAUUAUAACAAAUAUCCAGUAUUGAUUAAGAAAAUAAAAAUUAAUUUUAAA